CGCCUACGGUGGGGAAUCUUGGGAAAGACUUGACCUUGGUUAUUUCAAAGCCAAGCUGCACUUCUACAGGCUGCAAUGGAUACCAGCAGCUCCGCCCAUGGAGCCGCUGCUGCCGCCUCUUCGUCUUCCUCGCAGCGCUCAAACCGCUGGAAGUACGAGGUGUUCCUGAGCUUUAGAGGCGACGACACGCGCACUACCUUCACAGACCACCUUUUCAUUGCGUUACGCAAUGCCGGAAUUAAGACGUUUAUAGACAACCAGCUCACAAGGGGGGACAACAUACAGAGUGAACUUGACCAAGAAAUCGAAGGGUCGAGAAUUGCCGUCAUCAUCUUCUCCAAGAGGUAUGCGGAGUCCCGAUGGUGCCUGAGGGAGCUGUCGAAGAUCAUGAGGUGCCUAAAAGAUCAAGAGGGGAAAAUAGUGUGUCCAAUAUUCUACGACGUUGACCCUUCUCAAGUCAGGAAACAGAAUGGUAGUUUUUCGAAAGCAUUUCAGAAGCACAAAAGGAAUGAAGAUCCAAAUGAGGUCAAGCAGUGGAGAGAGGAUCUUACCGCUUCGGCAGAUUUGGGCGGCUGGAACCUCAAAACCACGGCCGACGGGCACGAAGGAGUAUUUAUCGAGAAAAUUAUUGGGGAGAUCAAGGGACUAUUGAAACCCACAGACUUAAAAGAAGCCAAGCACUCAGUUGGAAUAGCUUUUCGCGUGCAAGAAUUCAACAUUAAAUACUUAGACGUUAGAGGUUCACCUGAUGUUCAAAUAAUUGGAAUUUGGGGUACAGGCGGUAUAGGUAAAACAACACUUGCCAGAGCCAUUUUUAGCAAGUAUCAGCAUAGUUUUAGUAGUCAAUGUUACCUUGAAGAGGUGAGGAGUAACAAGAAAAAUAUGGUUAGUCUACAAGAACAACUUCUUCGAGAUAUUUUGAAACGGCCUGACAUUAAGGUAAGCAGUGUUGCUGAAGGAACCAAGGAGAUAGAGAAAAGACUUGGAAGCAUGAAGGUACUUGUCGUGGUUGAUGACAUAGAUGACCUGGACCAAUUAGAUAAAUUGGCGAUAACACAUGACACGUUUGGUCUAGGGAGUAGGAUUAUUAUAACGACAAGAGAUGAACAAGUGCUGAAUAUACAAAAGGUAGAUAAAAGAUAUAAAGCACAAGGAAUGACUGAUAAUGAAGCUUUUGAGCUCCUUAGUUGGCAUGCCUUUGGAAAUCCUCGUCCCGAUGAAGAAUAUAUUGAGCUCGCAAGAGAUGUUGUUGAUUAUUGUGGAGGAUUGCCCCUAGCUCUUGAAGUUGUUGGCCGUUUGUUGGCUACGAAAAAGAGUAAAAGCAUAUGGAAAAGUACAUUGGAUAAAUUGAGAAAUAUUCCAGAUCGAACAAUUCAUGAAACGCUUAAAUUAAGCUACGAUGGUUUACGUGAUGAUCAUGUGAAAGGUGUGUUCCUUGACAUAUCUUGUUUCUUUAUUGGAAAGGGUAAAAGUUUUGUCACAGCAAUAUUGGAUGGUUGCAGUCGUUUUUCUGUAGAAGCAGAAAUUACCACACUCUGCGAUCGAUGUCUCUUAUAUUUUGGUGAAUACAAAGAAUUGAGGAUGCAUGAUUUGAUUCGAGAUAUGGGAAGAGAAAUUGUGCGGGCAAAAUCUCCUAUGAAACUGGGAAAACGUAGUCGAUUGUGGCAUAGCGAAGAUGCAAAAAGCGUGUUAAGGAACAAAUGUGGAACAGAAGCAGUUGAAGGACUAACCUUAUUUUUGCCAGAAGAUUCUGAUGACGAGCAAAGCUUCAGAACGGAAGCGUUUAAGAAGAUGUGGCGUCUGAAAUUUCUCGAGCUGAAAAAUGUAAAGCUGACUGGAAGCUACAAACAUCUUUCCAAGGAGUUAAGAUUGUUGUAUUGGAAUGGAUUUCCUCUUGAAGCCAUACCAGCAGAUUUUGAUCAACGAAACCUAAUUUAUAUGGAACUGAGGUACAGCAAGAUGGUACGAGUUUGGGAGGAUUCGGAGCUGUUGCCUAAGAAGUUGAAGUAUCUCAUUCUUGGAGACUGCCAUAACCUGACUGAAUUACCAGACUUUUCAAAACUCCCACAUCUCGAGGCAUUGUUCCUCAGUGGCUGUAAGGGUUUGUGUGGGGGUUACCAUUUUUUAGCACAACUGAAGAUGAUUAAGGUAUUAGAAUUCCGCGACUGCAAUAUAACAGAUGGUGCCGUUCUCGAAAUAAUUGGGAGUCUAUAUUCUUUAAAACUUUUAAAUCUAGGUGGGAAUGGUUUUAAUAGGCUACCCAUUCUCAGUGGCCUUUCUCAGCUUCGGUUUUUAUUUCUAAAUCAUUGCACAAACCUUCAGGCAAUCCCAGAUUUGCCGACGAGUUUGCUUGAAUUGCAUGCAAAUUACUGCACUGCACUGGAAAUAAUGUCCGACUUUUCAGAGAUGUCGAAAAUGGGGAAAUUGGAACUGAAAGACUGCCGCAAACUCAAAGAUAUUCCAAACUUGGAGAGCUCAAUGGACUACAUGGAUUCAAUUCAUAUGGAAGGGUGUACCAGUCUCACUGAUACUUUUAAGGAGAACCUCCAAACGAAAAAUGCAUUUGGUGGAAUUUUUCUCUCUGGAAAUGAUAUUCCUAACCGGUUAGCCUAUGUCGCGAGAGAGAAUGAAACUGUCAAAUUUGAAGUGCCAACAAGUAUUGAUUAUAUAGGAGGGUUGGCUUUGGGCAUCGUUUAUUCUUCAGACAACUCCGACUCUACUGGGUCUCUAUGCAUUGAUGUUGUUAAUCGUACCCAACGAACUAUUUUUCGCAUCAGGUCAAUGGAGGCCACCACCGUAAUUGCUUCCCAUGAAUAUUAUCUUUGGUUGGGAAAUCUUUCAAACAAGAAGCUCAAUCUUAAAGGCGGCGACAUGGUUCUUGUAAAAGCAGAAUUUUAUGGACGAGAUAAUAGAAUUAAGGUGAAGAAAAUAGGAGUGGAUAUUGUAAAAUGGGAUUUGUUUGAUGGUGGUACUAAUUGGAACACCUAUGCGACUAUGCCAUAUGAGUAUGAUGAAGACACUACUAUGUCAUAUGAGUCUAAUGAAGACACAAAUGACGAUACACAGUUGAGCUAUCACCACGUUUUCCUCUGCUACAAGACCCCCGAGGCUUGGCCAUGGCGCAUUGAAGGCUUUGACUCCGAUCCACUCCCUAAGUUCUUCGCAUCUACUCUCAAAGCUCGCAAGAACGACAUCAACGUUAGGACGUUGCUGACAGUAAUUGAAGGACGCGAAGGAACUGAGUUUUCCGACGGUGAUGUAUUGAUUUUCCCACAAAUGAUCAAAUACAGGGGCUUGAAAAAGUCUGAUGUGGACAACUUUGUUGAUGAUGUCUUUGUGAAUAACAAACCAUGGUCUUCCGGAGUGCAAGAGCCCUUGACUGGCCCCCAUGUAUUUGUAUGCGUACUUAUGAGUCGAAAUGAAUGGAAUCGUGAUAGUGCACAUGUUCUCAUUGAUAAGUUCAAAGAGGAGGUAGAGCUACGAGGAUCGACAGAUCAGGUAUUUGUUACUACGUGCUCUCACACUGAAGGCCAUAAGUAUGCUGGAAGACUCUGGAUCUACAUCCCAGAUUCAUAUGGAAGCUUGACAUGCCAUUGGUAUCGCUCCGUCCAUCCUGAUGAUGUGCCGGAAUUGCUUGAUAAGCAUAUUGGGAAGGGAGAGGUUAUAGAACGACAUUGGAGCCCAGGUUUAAGAAAGAUUUAUCAGCGUGACUGGUACACGAAGUGGUAUACGUGUUACCAUGAUGAAAGCAUAGCAGGCUAUUGGUAUCGCUACAUGUUUCAUGGUUUUGUGCCGGAAUUGCUUGAUCAACAUAUUGAGAAGGGAGAGAUUAUAGAACGAAAUUGGAGGGGCCAAAUUGGAGCAUAUUCUGAUGAAGCUGAAGAAAUUAAUGACCGGGAACUUCCAAAUGGAGAAGAAAAUAAGAAAGUCGAGGAGCCCCAAGAAACCACAAAGGCAUGUGCCAGGACGGAUGCCUUAGGGAAGCUGUCAAGCUUGAUCAGGAACUGGGAGCAAAGCGAUGUUCUCACAGCCACUGUCGUGGUUGGAGCAGUGGCAGCAGUGGUUGUGGCCUAUAGCUUUUUAUAGAAAGUGAGGCUGAAACGUACUCUAAUCCAUGUCGGGUUUUGCCACGGGUGUCGAGGUCCUAUUUUCUUUUUCGUUUUUUCUUUGUAGAAAGAUGUUAUAACGUCAAUUAAAUAAUCAUCCGAACCAUGCUCUUAUAUGAAAGGAGAAAUCUAAUAAACUGUUGAAUGGUUUUAUCUUGA